AUGACCGAACUCGAGACCACUACCUCUAGUUUAACUCACACUCAUUAUCGACAUUUGCCUCCUAUUGGAACUCAUGUUUCAGGACCUAGCAAUAAUAAUGGUUUGAUGGGUUCACACACUCCCAUCGCGUAUAAUGCCAAUCAAUACUCUCAAACUUCGAUAAAGACUGAAUCGAAUUCAACCCAGGUCAACAAUACGUCUUCGAAUGUGUCAUCGGGAGUCGCUACAUCCAUGGAUGCCUUUGCUAAUAGAAAAUCCUCGGCUACGACUACUCCGAUCACAUCACCAACAAAAAAUCCUCAAGAUCUCGUGAUUGAAACACAUGUAUCUGGAAAACCACCAUACUCUUAUGCUACUUUGAUUACUUAUGCCAUUACAAAUUCUCCCAAUAAACAACUUACAUUAAACGAAAUUUACAAUUGGGUUAUGGAGAAUUAUCCUUACUAUAAGACCGCCGGUACUGGUUGGAAGCCAGGUAAAGGAUCAUACUGGACUGUAGAUUUCAGAGCAGCCGAAGCUGAACAACAGCAUCGUUCUCGAAGUCGUAAUAACAGAUCUUCAAGUGAUCCAACUCCUUAUCAUCGUCCAGAAUCAUCAUGGUAUGAUAAUCGUAGAUACCGUGAACCAAUGACUGCCAUGACUGAAAUGGGUCGUCCCUACUUUGACGUAAAUCAGUAUGGUGGUAUGCCGAGCAUGCCAUACCGACCAAUGCGUUCACCUCGUUAUACUCAUGCAACUAUGGGACAACCCUACCUUCCAGCACAAGGAAUUGGAGGUGGUGCCGGUAUCACUAGUACUCCACAACAAACAAUGUCUUAUGCCGGUGCUGGCAUCGGUAAUCUUGCUGUAACUGCCAAUUAUGAUCUUACUGACUAUACGAACAUUCAUGGCCAUCCUACUGCUACCGCUCAUGUAGACGGACAUAAUGCUACCGCUUUUAGUGGAUACAGCACUCAUCCAAUUUAUCAACCACAGAUGUCAACACAUCCAACAGAUACCAACACAGCAGUGGCUCAUUCCUCUUUUGUUUAA